AUGUCUCUCGAUAAGCUUGAUUUGGAAAAGAGGAAGCAAAUUAGUGUGAGAGGUAUUGCACAGGUGGAAAACGUUGCGAAUCUGAAGACCUCAUUCAAUCGUCACCUACAUUUUGACAUUGUCAAAGAUCGUAACGUAGCAACGCCAAGAGACUUCUACUUGGCACUGGCGAGAACCGUAUGGGAUCACCUUUGCUCACGCUGGAUUAGGACUCAGCAGGCUUACUAUAAGGAAGAUCCAAAGCGUGUGUACUAUCUCUCACUGGAGUUCUAUAUGGGUCGUACACUUACUAACACAAUGAUGAAUGUAAAUAUAUCUGCGGCUAUUGAUGAGGCCCUUUACCAGAUGGGUCUAGACAUAGAAGAAUUAGAGGAGAUAGAAGCUGAUGCGGGACUGGGUAAUGGAGGUCUCGGUCGCCUUGCUGCCUGCUUCCUUGAUUCUAUGGCAACUUUAGGAUUGGCUGCUUACGGGUAUGGUAUUCGCUACGACUACGGUAUCUUCGAACAGAAAAUUGAAAAUGGGUGGCAGGUUGAGGAGCCGGACGAGUGGCUGCGCUAUGGUAAUCCCUGGGAGAAGGGUCGACCCGAAUAUUGCUAUCCAGUGAACUUUUACGGGCAUGUGGAGGAUGCGGGGGAUGGUAAACGCAAGUGGGUGAAUGCUCAACCCGUGUUUGCAAUGCCUUUUGACACUCCAAUUCCCGGCUACCGUAACAACACCUGUAACACUCUGCGCCUUUGGUCAGCCAAGGCGCCUUCGGGCUUCGAUCUACGAAUUUUCAACACUGGUGCUUACAUUGAUGCUGUUUGUGGUCGCAACACGGCGGAGAAUAUAUCACGAGUGCUAUAUCCUAAUGACAACUUCUUUCAAGGCAAAGAGCUACGCCUGAAGCAAGAGUAUUUCCUUGUUGCGGCUACCAUUCAGGAUAUCAUUCGACGCUACCGCAUUACAAUAAAUGGACCACGGUCUCUCGAUCAUCUUUACGAGAAAGUUGCUAUCCAAUUGAAUGAUACCCACCCCUCCUUUGCCAUACCUGAGAUGAUGCGAGUUCUGGUUGACAUUGAGGGCAUGGAAUGGGAAAAGGCCUGGAAGAUCAGCUGUGCCACCUUUGCGUACACAAACCAUACCAUCUUGCCUGAAGCUCUCGAACGCUGGCCUUGUAGUAUGCUGCAACACAUUCUCCCGCGUCAUCUGGAGAUCAUUUACCGCAUUAAUCAUGAGUUCUUGCAGCUGGUGCUUGCUAAAUGGCCUGGCGAUUUGGAUCGCAUGCGUCGGAUGUCUAUAAUUGAGGAAGAUGGUGAGAAGCGCGUCAACAUGGCCUAUCUUUGCAUAAUCGGUUCUCAUGCUGUGAACGGCGUCUCAGCUGUCCACACAGAGAUCCUCAAGCGCGAAACGUUCCAUAGCUUCUACGAAUUGUGGCCCGAUAAGUUCCAAAACAAGACUAAUGGAAUUACGCCAAGACGUUGGCUUCUGCUAUGCAAUCCUUCGUUGUCAGAUGAAAUCAUGGAGGCCCUAGGAGAUGAUGGCUGGAUCACUCACUUUGAGCGAUUAAAGGAUCUUCGCAAAAUGUCCAACAAUGUUGGAUUUUUGCUUAACUUAAUGCGUAUCAAAAGGGAUAAUAAGGCCAAGUUCGCCUCAUACAUGGAGCAGCACUACAACAUUAAUAUUGAUCCUUCAACGAUGUUUGACAUUCAGGUGAAGCGCAUCCACGAAUACAAACGCCAGUUGCUGAACUGCUUCUAUGUGAUCGCUCAGUACAACCGGAUUAAGGCGAAUCCAAAUUUGAAAAUGGUGCCGCGCACCGUCAUGAUUGGUGGGAAGGCGGCGCCUGGCUAUCAUAUGGCCAAGUUGAUAAUAAAACUCAUCACCUCCGUUGGCAGUGUGAUCAACAACGACCCUAUUGUGCGUGGGAGACUGAAGUUGGUGUUUCUGGAGAAUUAUCGAGUGUCGUUGGCUGAGAAGAUUUUUCCCGCGGCAGACCUGUCGCAGCAGAUCUCCACUGCCGGUACUGAAGCGUCGGGUACUGGAAACAUGAAAUUUAUGCUCAACGGGGCUCUAACUCUGGGGACAUUGGAUGGUGCCAACAUUGAGAUGUGCGAGGAAUGCGGACGAGAGAAUAUGUUUAUCUUUGGCAUGACUGUAGAACAGGUUGAGGAGCUCAAUCGCAAGGGCUACAAAUCUCAGGAAUUCAUCAAUGCCUGUCCCGAAUUGAAGCAAGUUCUGGAGCAGCUGAAUAACGGCUUUUUCUCACCUGAACAGCCGGAUCUUUUUAGAGAUAUUUAUAAAACCAUGAUGUUUGGUGACCGCUUUAUGCUCUGCGCCGACUUCGCGGACUACAUGCGGGCUCAAGCUGAGGUUGAUAAGGCCUAUGAGGAUGAGAUGCGGUGGGCGCGAAUGGUUUUAGCCAACAUUGCAGGCGCCUGGAAGUUUUCUUCUGAUCGCACCAUCCGUGAGUAUGCUCAUGACAUCUGGGGCGUGGAGCCGCGGGAGGAGAAGAUGCCUGCGCCGUUUGAGAACGUUGAAGGUCCUGUAUCUGUCCAGACCAAGUAG